AUGCCUGAUUGGUUGAAAUGGCUGUGGUACCACAGAAACUACAUCAUCAUCGUUGUCACGCCGAUCGUACUCCUUCCCCUUCCCCUCAUCUACCCGACAUCGGAAGCGAGAUGUGGUUAUGCUAUCAUCCUCAUGGCUCUGUACUGGUGUACAGAGUGCAUGCCUCUGGCUGUGACGGCCCUCUUGCCAGUCAUCCUCUUCCCAAUGAUGGGCAUCAUGAAGGCUGAAGCGGUCAGUAUUCAGUAUCUGAAAGACUCCAACAUGCUGUUCAUCGGUGGUCUGCUGGUGGCCAUCGCCGUGGAGCACUGGAACCUUCAUAAGCGCAUCGCUCUGCGGGUUCUGCUGGUGGUUGGUGUUCGUCCAUCCCUGUUAUUGAUGGGGUUCAUGAUCGUCUCGUCCUUCCUGUCAAUGUGGAUCAGCAACACGGCCACCACCGCCAUGAUGCUUCCCAUCGCCAAUGCCGUGCUGCAGCAGCUGAAAGCCACAGAGGCCCAAGCGGAAGCACGGGAGCUGCAAACCGCUGGCGAGGACAACCAUGCAUUUGAGCUCGAGAUCAGUCAAAACAAAGAGGAAACAGCGGAGAAGAAACAGCCUCCGCAGGAGGACAGAGUGUGUGAGAAUCUAGAGUCACUGCAGGAGUCCAUGAGAAAGGCGAUCGACGCAAAGUACGAGCACCUGACCAAAGGGAUGAGUCUGAGUGUAUGCUACUCUGCCAGCAUUGGAGGCACUGCCACACUCACCGGCACAACCCCUAACAUCAUCCUCCAGGGCCAAAUUGACACGCUCUUCCCUACCAACGGUGGUGUGAUCAACUUUGCCAGCUGGUUCGGCUUCGCUUUUCCCAACAUGGUGCUCAUGCUGAUAUUGACCUGGUUCUGGCUUCAGGUCUUAUUCCUGGGCAUCAACUUAAGGCAGACAUUUGGCUGUGGCUUGAAAAGUGACAGAGAUAAGGAGGCGUACGCAGUGAUGAAGGAGGAGUACAAAAAGCUGGGGGGCAUGAAGUUUGCUGAGGUGGCGGUGCUCACCAUCUUCGUCCUGCUGGUGGUCCUGUGGUUCACCAGGGAUCCAGGCUUCAUAGACGGCUGGGCAACUGUGCUCUUUAAUAAGGACACUGUGUACGUGACAGAUGGAACGGUCGCCAUCUUCAUGUCGAUGCUCUUCUUCGUCAUCCCCUCCCGGCUGCCCAAGUGUGGAGGCUACGGCUACAACGAAGCAGGUAAGUUGGUGAAGGCUCCCAGAACUCUGCUGAACUGGCAGGUGGUUCACGAGCGAAUGCCCUGGAACAUCAUCCUGCUGCUGGGAGGAGGCUUCGCUCUGGCUGAGGGCAGUGAGGUUUCAAAUCUGUCCAGCUGGUUGGGAGAGAGACUCGCACCUCUGGAGAGCAUCCCCCCAUAUGCCAUCUCGUUGCUGCUCAGCCUGCUGGUGGCAACAUUCACCGAAUGCUCCAGCAACACAGCCACCACCACACUGUUCCUGCCCAUUCUGGGCUCAAUGGCCACAGCUAUUAAGAUACACCCACUGUAUGUGAUGCUGCCCUGCACCAUCGCUGCCUCUCUGGCCUUCAUGCUGCCCGUGGCCACACCGCCCAAUGCCAUCGCCUUCUCCUUUGGAAAUCUCAAAGUCUUUGACAUGGUGAAAGCCGGCUUCAUCCUGAACAUCAUUGGGAUUUUGACCGUUAAUUUAGGCAUCAACACCUGGGGAUAUGCCAUGUUUGACAUGGGCAAAUUCCCUGAUUGGGCCAACGGCACAAAUGUCAAACCUUGA